GCUCAAACACUGCGAAGUGUCGAUCGACAGCGAAAUGUGGAUGUUUAUCCAAAAGUGGAUUUCCCAGAGAUUUACGUCGUCGAUAAAGGCUACCGCAACUUUUUCGAGACAUUCGCCGAUUCAACGCCGGACAAGCAUUUAUUCGAACCAUGCAAUUAUGUGGAGAUGGUCGAUGGUCGUUUCGCUCAUCACCUGAGGCAAUACAAUUUCCACAAGAAAAGCUGGGGAAACAGCACUUGCUCGAAGAAUGCACCUCCUCAAUCACGUAUGGGUCUGCGACAGCUCUCCGAAGGGGCCUUGGAUUCGCCGUCGAAUCCCGGUCCAUCGCGACCGUCCAGACGUCCGUUGUUCGCCCCUGCCCCAAAGACGCCGGAACCGUUGCCGUUGGCGCCCGUGAGGCAGUUGCAGUUCUCC